GCUGCCUGCAAAAAUAAAAUAACAAAUUAAUUUGUUAGGUGGGUACACUGAAAGUUAAUUUGUUAAUAGUAAAUUUCCUGACUACAUUUGUUCUAUUAUAAAAAAAUAGCGUGUGAUUUAAAAAAUUCUAAUCCUGCCUAGCAACAGGUGAUCGGGGUAGGAAAAUAAAUAACAGUGCAGGAAGCAGGGAUGAAUUGAACCAUGGUCUGCACUGUAGGUUUCAAAUUAUUUAUAUCGGCAUUGAUUUCUGUUGUUUUUAAAAAAUGAACGACCACAAAUGACCCCGCCCCUCCAUUAGCAACUCAGCUGAAUCCCCCCCUUUGCCCCCCUCUCUUUCUCCUCCACCCAUCCGACCGUCUCCCCCGGUGCUCCCCUUGUCCAGUCCACUCAUCUCUCGAGCGGGCUUCAACUCCUCUUGUUUUUCACCCCUCAUUUCCUCAUGCAUGCUUUUCAUUCCUGGAGCUUUAUUUGAGGAGAACAUGAGCGACAUCAAGAUUGCAGUGCUUGGGAGUGAAGGAGUUGGAAAAUCAGCCCUCAUCGUCCGCUUCUUCACUAAACGAUUCAUUGGAGAAUAUGCAUCAUCUUCAGAAUGCAGAUACCGAAAGCGUCUGACUCUGGAUGGAAGGCAGAUGAAUCUGGAGCUGUACGAGCCAUCCUCCCAGUCCUUUCAGGGUAAAUUAAGUCUUAGCGACCAGAUUCACUGGGCCGACGGUUUCAUCGUGGUCUACGACAUUAGCGAACGCUCGUCCUUUCUUGCCGCCAGAAGCGUAGUGAAGUUCAUCAGAGAGCAUCGCUCCAAAUCCAACAAAAGGGAUGGCGAAAUCGCUCGUAUUUUGGUGGGCAACAAACACGACCUCUGCCACAUGCGAGAAGUACGCUACGAAGAAGGCCAACGCCUGGCGACCGAAUUCCGCUGUCAGUUCCACGAGCUAUCGGCGGCCGAGCACUACCAGGAAGUGGCGCUCAUAUUCUCCAAGGCGGUGCAGGGCGCUGGCGGCAAAGCCAAGGAGCGCAGAAGACGCCCGAGCGGUUCCAAAUCCGUCGCCAGACUCAUCAACAACGUUUUCGGCAAGAGGAGGAAAUCGGUGUGAGGCGGAAAAUACUUUGAUGUAUAAAAUAUGAACACCUAUAAAAUCUACUGAACAAUU